AUGGCGUCCGCUAUACGCCCUUCCACCACCCAUUCAGCCAUCCGGACAUUCGUCCGACACUACUCGGCACCCGUGGACGCGACCGUCCCAGCGUCCAAGGUGAAAUAUGUGCCCACGUCCGGCACCUACCCCAAAGGCUUCCGAGUGUCGGGAACCCACGUGGGCGUCAAGCCGGCCAACAAGUCUCAUCCCGACCUGGCCCUGAUCGCCUCCGACAGGCCCGCGUUCGGGGCCGCCGUCUUUACCACCAACAAAUUCCAAGCCGCUCCGGUCCAGGUGAGCAAGGCCGUACUCGAGAAGCGCGGCGGCGCCGGACUACGAAGUAUCAUCGUCAAUUCGGGCUGUGCCAAUGCCGUCACGGGCCAGGGAGGCGUGGACGACGCAUGGGCCAUGUCUCAGACGGCAUCUGCCCAGUUCCAACAGCCAUCAUCAUCAUCGUCCAACGCAGAAGACGCCAACAGCCUCGUCAUGUCCACAGGCGUCAUCGGCCAGCGACUCCCCAUCCAAAAGAUCCUGGCCAAGAUCCCCACCGCGUACCAAAAUCUCGGUAGCGAUCACGACUCCUGGCUGACUACGGCCAAGGCCAUCUGCACCACGGACACAUUCCCCAAGCUCCUGUCCACCACUUUCACCCUGCCUGGUGCCCAACACCAGGGUGUCGAGUACCGCUUGGCCGGCAUGACCAAGGGCGCCGGCAUGAUCCACCCCAACAUGGCCACGCUGUUGGGGAUUAUGUGCACCGACGCCCCGAUCAGCGCGGGAGCACUGCAGUCCCUGCUCACCACGGCGGUGAACAAGUCUUUCAACUGCAUCUCCAUCGAUGGUGACACCUCGACCAACGACACAGUCGCGAUUCUCGCCAACGGUGCUGCCUUCGCCUCGUCGUCCAACGGAGUACCCACGAUCUCCUCCGCCAUCAGCGAGGAUUACCAGGCCAUGUCGAGGAUCCUGACCUCGUUUGCACAACGGCUCUCGCAGCUCGUGGUCCGUGACGGCGAAGGUGCCACCAAGUUCGUGACGAUCCACGUGCGCAACGCGCUCAGCGAGGCCGACGCGAAGGCCAUCGCCAGCACGAUCGCGCGCUCCCCGCUGGUCAAAACGGCGCUGUACGGCAAGGACGCGAACUGGGGCCGCAUCCUCUGCGCGAUCGGGUACACGCCCAACAUCGCGCUCGCGAGUCCCACCGAGUCCGUCGUCCCGGCCCGCACCCACGUGUCGUUCGUGCCCGCCGAAUCCUCCAAGUCCAAGGCCGAGGGCGUGCUCAAGCUCCUGGUCGACGGCGAGCCGCAGGCCGUGGACGAGGCGCGCGCCGCCCGGCUGCUGGAGGACGAGGACCUGAUCAUCGACGUCGACCUCGGGGUUGGCCACGAAGAGGGAUACUAUUGGACCUGCGACUUCAGUCACGAGUACGUCACCAUCAACGGGGAUUAUCGCACGUAG